AUGAGAAUGCCGCCGGUUUUAGCGUCUCGGAGCUCUGCCUAUCUCACAGCUCUCACUCAAGAAAUUGAAAAGAAGCUUCAACGAGCAUUAGAUUCGCCAUCGCAGAGGCGGAAUUUAUUGCAGCAGCUGUUCACCGACAUAGCUCUGGAAGUGGAUGAUCGAGCUCGAGAUAUCAUUCUCAGGAAGGAAGAUAUUAGUUCUGAAGAAGAAGAGUUUAUCGAAGGCUCCAUAUGCUUCUAUAAUCUACUGGCGGACCACUUUGUUUGGGUACCAGAUAAUGGAAAACCAAUCCUGGAUUUAGUUGUUCAACUCUGGAGCCAGUCAUUUGCCUCAAACAUAUUUACUCUUUUAUUCCACAAGUGGCUCUUUGAAGUUCAGCUUGACAACACUGAAGUUCUCCUCCGGUACUCAUAUGCUCUUGUCCAGGGUGCAACAAAUGUCUUCUGGCUUGACAUCCAAUCAAAUACGAGGCGCUUCCAAAGUAUCUUUGUGUAUCUUCUUGACGAAGUUGCUCUUUCUCCUGAGAGGUUGAAAAAGAUACCAGAGCAGGCUCAACGCGAUCUCUUUCUUUUGCUCUCGAGAUUCCUGCUUUUUUACAAUUCAGCUGAUAAACUGCAUAGCUUCUUGAAGCAAUUUCCGGAUGUUCCAAAUGCAUUUCUAAUUGGAGGACCGGCUGACAUAUUUGUUACUGAAAUCGCUGAUCAUCUCCUAAAAUUGAAGGUGGAACCGGUGUUGCUGCAUUAUCUUUCCCAAAUUAAGGUUCUCCGGGGUACUAACGACAUCACAGCUGGUCAAAUUUGGUUCACUUUUGGAUUUAUACUGAUUUUAGAAUUCAUUAUCUUAUGUAGGCUUAGAAUUAAGAAUGACGACGACUACAAGGUUGAAGACAUGCUUGUAUAG